CUUUUUAAAUCCUAAGGAUAGGCAACUCCAUUCACACACUGUUACUUUUGUUUGCAUAACUCCAUAAUAGAAAAUUAAUAAAUUAAAACGCGCUAAAUGUAAAAACGAAUAUAAGUAUAAAUUAAUGAAUUAAGGGAAGAAAAGAAGUUAUAACAAGCAGUAAAACCACAAACAAGGAUGGUGUUCAAAAUACUUUCCAAAAAAGAACCCAUUUAUUUUAAUUCUCCUAUUUUUAUAUGCAUUUCUUCUUUAAUUUAAAAAGCGUAGUCUAAGUGAUAUGUAACUUAAAGAUACUCCUAAAGGUGUUUUUUCUGUUUUAUAAAGUUCUAGCAUAGCAUAGUUUAUCUCUAAAACGUGCAAAAAGUAGUCACAAACAUUAAAUCAAAAAUGCAGUAUUAGGUUUUCUCAUACCAUUAACGAUUAUAUCCCCAAUAUCUGCUUCCGCCGGACGUAUGAUAAGCAAGUUCGAAAAUCUUUCCUUUAGCGCCAUUAACUUCAAAACAUGCCAGAAAAACAGUUUUAAUUAUCUUUGAUUUUUGCUAAAACAGCAAUAAGUGAAACAUGUAUCGUAUGUUUGUGGUUUAUAGUGUUGUAAUUUUAGCGAUUUUCACUCAAAUUGAAGGAUGGAGGCAAAGUGUACUACCAUGUCCGGGACUAAAAUUAAAGUUUGGCCGCAUUAGAUACCGCCAAAAAGGAAGAUUUGUUAAAUUCCAAUGUAAUACAGGAUAUAUUACAGCAGGUGAAAAAUAUAGCAUUUGUUUCCGAGGCGAAUGGGAUAACCCACCUCCUAGAUGUGUCAGGGCAACUUGUCCCAUGGUUAGACCUCCAAUUAAUGGACUAGUUUAUCCCUCUCAUAGAGGAGCUGUUUUGAACUUUUUCUGUAAACCAGAUUAUGUUUUAAGAGGUCCCAAUAUAACAUAUUGUGACGGUCGUCAAUGGAGUGAUAAUUUACCCAGUUGCGUUAAAUCCAAUACCAAGCCGGCUUUAAGUUGCGAUUUUGAAUCUGAGGAUUUAUGCGGAUGGACUCAUGAUUUAAGGCACGAUUUUGAUUGGAUUAGAAUGAAUUUUAGCACCCCUAGUGGGUACUUAGGAACCGGACCAGCUUACGAUCACACUAAAGGAGAACAAGGCAAUGGAUAUUACAUGUACAUUGAAUCAUCUUCGAGAACUGAAAACGAGACAGCUCGUCUCAUUUCACCAAUUUACGAUAAAGUCGAUACCAAUGCGUGUUUCAAAUUUUUUUAUCACAUGUAUGGGAGCAGUAUAGGAACCCUACGAAUAUAUUUAAAGAAAAUUAGUGACAGUUGGGAUUUAGAACCAUCUCAAGCUAUUUUUAACAAGUCGGGAAAUCAAGGAAACGAUUGGUUGGAAGGUUUUGUUAAACUGGGACCCAUUAAUGAAGAUUUUCAGAUUGUAAUUGAAGGAAUAAAUGGUCCUAGUUACGUAGGCGAUCUUGCCAUUGAUGAUGUUCAACUGAUAGAAAAUUGUACUGAAGAAGAUGAAAUUAUAUCAACAACAAUGCUUUACGAAACUGCCCCUGUGUUUGCUAUCGGAACUUGCGCUAACCGGUGUUUUAACGAUUCUUCCGAAAUAUCGGAAGAUAAUUUUCAAAUUUCUUGCGAUUGUGUCGAAAACUGCAUGGAAAGAAAUACAUGUUGUCCUGAUUUCAUCGCUCUCUGUAUAGCUGAUUCAACAGAUGAUUCCCUCGUAAGUUAUGCUUCCACCCCUUUCUUAAUGUCGACAUCUAAAGUACCCAAUAUUACUGAAAACCAAAAUACAAAUAAAACAUACCUAGAAGCUCCUACAAUUGCAACUAAUAUGUCGAAAAAAGUUGAUGUAAAUAAUAAUUCCGUAUUACCUAAAAAAGAAAAUAAAACAAGUACUAACAUUGAGGAAAAUCCUACAACUAGUGGGAAAAAAACAAGCAGCCCUAAUACUUCCAAAACAAUUUUACCUACCACUGAAUUCACUUCGAAAGCUCCUCCAAGUAACACAACUCUUACAACAAGAAUACCACUACCAACAUCCACGAAAACUACCCGAUUAACUACCACUGCGAUUUCUAUUACAAAAAAUUCAGUAGUUGUUUUACCUACCCUUAAAUUUUUAACACCACCUCCUACUCAGCCAAUAAUUCAAAAAUUACCGAAAACUGCAAAAACUAAGGUUAAAGUCACAAAAACACCCUCUACGACAGCGGCCAUAUUGAAAACAACUUCAUCAAAACCAACAUUAUCUACUCAACAAACGAAAACAAAUGAUAUUGUAACUCUACCCACAAAAAAAGCAGUAACAUUUACUUUAAAAGAAGAUGAAAAACAAUCAGACGACGAAAACAAUAAGGAAAGUGAUGAGGUGUUUUCUGGGGAAAAUACGAAACUCGCAAAGAUUAUAAAUGAAAAUUCUAAGCCAGCUGAAACUAAGUUUACUAUGCCUCUCAUCUUGUCCAUAACUAUUAUUAUUUUAAUAGUUUGUAUCGUUUUAUUAAUAAGAAGAUACAGUGUUACGGGGUGUCGAAAAAUGAACCGAUUUAAAAGCAGUGGUGAUAGUCAAAGUGACGUACGGUUUCUCACAAGUGACGAACAGUUGGACUUCACAUUAGCAAGCCCUGAUAGUUAUUCUACAUUGUAAACAUACUAAAAGUUGUUGUUGUACAUAUUUUUAAUUUAAUAAAUAAUUUUCGAAUA